AUGAAUCGUCUCCUUGGCCGGCUGCUGCUCGUAACAGCGCUGCUGUGCGCCGCAGACGCCGCCGACACGCCCGAGCCCAUUUCGUUACAGCCUACGCAGUUCUGGGACGGAAACGACGGGCCUUGGUCGACCUUCGCUUUUACCAUUGGCACUCCCGCCCAGAGCCUGCAUCUCUUGCCAGCCACCGGCCAGUCCGCACUAUGGCCAGUCCUCCCCGAGGGCUGCUUGAACGACGACCGCGCCACCAACGUCUGCCAGGAUGAUCGCGGUGGGGUAUUUCUGAUCAACCAAUCCUCCACCUGGGUCGAAGAAGGAAUAUAUUCGUUGUCAACGCUGUGGGUCGAGCAACAGUUGGGCGUGGGAGAGGAUGCGCGCGGGCACUAUGGCUUCGAUACCGUUGGAUUGGGGUGGCCGUCGUUUGGAAUGCCGUCGCUGGACAGCCAGGUCGUGGGAGGAAUCGCCGACAAGACCAUCUACGAAGGAGUUUUUCCCUUGAGUGCCCGCCCGGUCAACUUCACCGACCUCAAUAACCCCCAUGCCACCGUUUUGCAGACUUUGGUCAACAAGUCGAUGAUUCCGAGCUCUUCCUGGUCCUACACUGCCGGCUCUUACAACAGGGUCCCCAAGAUUUACGGUAGCCUAACCCUCGGCGGGAAGGACACUAACCGCUACGAGGACAACGACAUUAGCAUCCCGUUCGGUUCUGACAUCUCCCGGGACUUGCUCUGCGCUGUCCAAUCAGUGACGACCAAUGUUAGCUCAUCGCCGCUGCUGUCGACCCCCAACUACUGGUACAUCGACUCGCUUGUUGCGUCAAUGUGGUUUCCCGAGGAUGCGUGCACUGCUUUUGAAGAAGCGUUUGGAAUUGAAUGGGAUGAUGAAUAUUCCAUCUAUCUCAUCAAUGACACCCAGCAUGAGACACUCUUGGACCAGAAGGCCGCCAUAACAAUCACCAUUGGAGCCAACACGUCGACCAGCGACACGGUCGACAUCGUCCUGCCGUAUGAAAGCAUGGCUCUGAAUGCCUCAUGGCCCGUCUAUCCGAACGCCACUCGCUACUUCCCUCUGAAGCGCGCCGUAAACGACACGAUGUACACGCUUGGCCGCGCAUUUCUGCAGAAUGCCUACGUCAUCACAAAUUACGAAACUCAGACUUUCUCCGUCCACCAGGCUCUGUUCCCCGACUCCAGCGCGCAAAACAUUGUCCCAAUUGAGGGUGUCAACAGCAAGAAAGAUGACGGAUCCUCGCUCGGCGCCGGUGCCAUCGCCGGAAUCGCAGUCGGAUGCGCCGCCGUCGUCGCCAUCCUGGCGCUGAUCUUCUGGCUCGCCUACCGCCGCAAGAAGCAGAAGCAGGAAAAGGCCGCCUACGAUGCCGCUGCCGCCGCGGCCGCGGCCGCCGAAGCGCCGCCCGCGCCCAAGGAAGAGAGGCCGGAGAACGAAAUGGACGCGGGUGCCGACGGCCACGUGCCCGGCGGCACGGGCGUCGGAAACAAGACGGAGCUGGAGGGCGAGGGCGCCAGGCACGAGAUGCAGGGGUCUGACACUUCCAAGGUGGCCGAACUGUACGGCCUCGAGGCCCGCAAGCUCGCCGAGAUGGAGGCCCAGGCUACCCCGGUUUAUGAGAUGGCGGCGAAUGAGGAAGUCUUGCUGCCCGAGCUCGAGACGCCUAAUCAGGGUGCUACGCCCAGAGCGCAGACGCCGCAUGCGGAGCUUGAAGCACCGCACGAGUCGAGGGUGGCUGUGAUGCGGGAGAGAGAAAGACAGCAAGAGGCUGGGGAGAGGGAAAGGCAGCAAGAAACUGGGGCGAGAGAAACACAGCAGGCUACUGAGGAGAGAGAAACACAGCAGGCUACUGAGGAGAGAGAAACGCGACAGGAUACUGAGGAGAGUUCAAAGUAG